AUGGAUAUGGAAGUCAGAGAUUCAAGCGUUGUAGAUGACCUAAAUUUACAGAAACUGGAUAGCAAUGUUUUUUUCGGACCCUGUGAGAUAUUAACACAACCUAUUCUCUUACAAUACGAGAAUAUCAAGUUCAUCAUAGGUGUUAACAUAAGUACUGAAAAGAUAGCGUCGUUUUAUACUCAGUAUUUCCGGAAUUCCAAUUCGGUAAUUGUGAAUCUUUGUUCACCAACCACAGCAGCAACAAAGAAGCCCACCAUUGGUUUGUAUAUACAGAAUAACACAAUUCUACUACAGAAAUUAGUGGGACAGUACUUACAAAUGGGCAAAAAGAUAAAGACAUCUCUAACACAAGCACGAACGGACACAAUCCAAUCACUGCCACAGUUUUGUAAUUCGAAUGUCCUCAGUGACGAGCCGUUGGUACUGUACCAAGCAUUCAACGAUCUGUUGGUGCUUUUUAAAUCAUUUAGUCAUUUUGGAAAUAUCUUGGUUGUAUCAUCACACUCGUAUGAUUGCGUACUUUUCAAAUUUCUUAUAUCUAGGGUGAUGACCUAUUACCCAAUUGCGACCAUUCGAGAUUCUAUGCAAUAUAUGAAAGCAAUCCUGAACAUAUCCAUUAGUGCAUCCGAUGAGCUUGAUAUUCUGAAUGAUAAAGAAUUGCAGGAAUUUGGCCAAACCCAGGAAAAUUUAAAGCGUAGACAGACGAGCUCAGCUAAGAGGAGAUGUGGCAAUUUACCUGAAAAUUCUACUAUGGAUAACAAAAUUAUUAUGGGUACGACAAAGCGAGGUCACUUUUAA